AUGAGAUCGAUACGGAUCAUCUCAGUAUUUUCUCUUUAUCUUGUUUUAAUCCUUCUGGCUAUAUUCGACGAAACUGGUUCAACACAAUGUACACGGUAUGGUAAUCCUCCAGCUAAGUCUAGUGGAUCGAUGCUUAAUUAUAAGAAGAUGGUUCAAGUAUGUCAAAGCAUAUCAGGACAACUACUUUCUUUCACGGAUAGCAAAAAUGCAUUGCGUUGUGCAUGUCUUCUUAUCACAUCUUCAUCAAAAAGGUUACCUCUAGUCGUCUGGUUUCAACCAUCGAUUGCUUACUCAACGUCAGUAUUCAAUACGAGCUUCACAGUCGAAGCAUAUACCACUAAACUGACAAGUACACCGAAUGGUCCAUCUGGCUAUCAUUUACUUCUUCCAGCAGCUCGAUUGACGAAAAAUUUCGAAUGCCAUGGCAUUGAAUGCAUUGCCUGGGAUAUUUGGUAUCGAAACUUUAACCGAUCUGAUCCAAAUAUGAAUGUCGAUGUUCAGACAAUCGACUAUUUCAUUAAUUAUGUAGUCUAUCAUAUGUCCAAUCUUCAUGUUGAUUCCUCUCGUGUGUUUCUAUCUGGUUGGAGUAAUGGAGCCUCGAUGGCAUUGCUAUAUGCACUCAACACACCCACAAUUGCUGCUGCAGCUGUAUAUUCAUCGACAAAUCCCUAUCGAAAUGCUAAUGAUCCAUGUCCACAAACACCGUAUCCAUCACAACGUACUUCUGUACUCGAUUUAGUCAAUGAAUGUGAUUAUACUGGUAUUUGUACAGGAGGCCAACAGUUCAUUGGUGAUUUGAACAAUCGCUUUGGAAAUCAUCUAACGGCAAAAUUUAUCACUAUUAACGGAUAUUCUGAUCCUAUGCCGACGUCUACGCCAAGAUGUAGGAAUUGUCUGAAAGCAGUAGGGUUGCUUCAUCACAUUCGAUGGCCAGUGAACCUUAAUAAUCAAAUAUUCUAUUCAUUUUUUCGAAACUAUACAUUGCACUGA